AGCAAAGGUGAAACAUACCCUCACAAUGCUGGCUGCCUGAGCCUUCCACCCCUUCAGCCCUCUCCCUCCCGCUCUGUACUUCUCCCUCACUUGUAAAGCUGAAAGCAACCACACCCUGUCCCUUCCCUUGCCAUCCAUCUCCCCCCUCCACACCUCCCCUCUCCUCCCUCCUUCUAUUUUGUUUCUCUUCCCAUUCCUCAUCACAGUUAAAGUGAGCCCAAGAAAGAGCAAUAAAACAAACCAAUAGGAGUUGCAGAACUAGAUCUCACAUCCUCUAUCCCAAAAUUACUUCUCACCUCUCUCUCUCUCUCUGAAAAGGUUCUAAUACAUUAUCCAACUUUAUUAUGGUUCUUUCUUCCAAUAAUUCUAGCUCAAGCCUCUCUUUGUCUAUCUCUAUGCCUGUGUCUAUAUAUCAGUUUAUGCCUUCACGCUAAGGUGAACAGGGGAGGUGGUGCUCUUAACCUGCACGCAUUGUCCUACUUUUACCCCUUCACAUUUAAUGUUCUCUAAUGGAAUCCACGCCAGUAAUUGAAUGGUUAGAAAGCUCCAGAUCAGUCCUCUGCUCCUCUUCCAGUGCUGCGGUUGUCUGUGAGUACUAACUGGUCUUCAGUUCUUAACCUUUUCGGCCUGGUUUUACAUCCACACCCUCCUCCUUCAUCCCCUGUUCUCUGUUUCUUUUACUUUUCCGAGACUUUUCUGGUGCUCGACUGCUUGAAGAUUGUGUCAAGAUGGCAUCUUUUUGAUCUGGGCAGUUGAUAUAGUAUGUAUUCUGUUUCUUUUUUUUUUGCACUUUUUUAAGUUACAAAGAUGAGGCUUCUUUGAAAUGGACUGUUGGAUUUGCUGUUUCUUUACCAGUCCCAUCCUAGUUUUAUUUUUCAGUGUCGUCGUCUUCCUUUUUCUGUAGGCAUUGCAUAAAUCUCAAAAAAUAAAAAAAAAUAAAAACAAUAAAAAAAAGAUCUUGAAUUGGGGAGCAGUUGCUCUUGUUUGCAGCUUCUUGAGUUUUUGCUCUUAAGCCCAUGCCUCCUGAUUAUGGUUUGCUUUAGUGGUUGUGAUUCUCUUGUUUUCUUGUUUUUAAGAUUUUCUCAGUGGGAGGUGUUUUGGUAGCUGUUGCAUGUGAUGCACUAGUGAGGGCCAGUGAGGUUGGUAGUUAGGAUUGGUUCAAACCUUUGAGGUGUGGGUGGGUGUAGGAGGAGAUAAAUAGUCGGGAGAAGGAGAGAGGAAGGUAAGUGUAAGAAAGAAAAGUGUGCGUGUGAGAGAGAGAGAGAGAGAGAGAGAACAAGGAGUGUCAAAAAAAAUUGAAAAGGAUUUGCUUUCAUGGAGUGGGAUUCCAAGAUUUGUUCUUGGGAUUUUUCAGAACUGGCGCAACAUGGUGAACCAAACAUAGGCUCAGUGGUUGGGUUGAGUGGUGGCCUAGGAAGCCAGACUGGUGGAGUAGAAUGUUCAGUUGAUCUGAAACUUGGGGGAUUGGGGGAAUUCAGGCCAUCAGAGAGGUGGAAAGAGCAAUCCAGGGUGUCGACACUGGCAUCGUCGUCUGGUCCAUCUAAAAGGGCUCGAGCUCCAAGCAGUGCUACGCAGAUUGUGUCGUGCUUGGUUGAUGGAUGCAAAGCUGAUCUUAGUAAUUGCAGGGACUAUCAUAGGCGCCACAAGGUCUGCGAGGUCCACUCCAAGACUUCGACAGUGAUGGUAGGCGGUCAAGAGCAGCGCUUCUGCCAGCAGUGCAGCAGAUUUCACUUGUUGGCAGAGUUUGAUGAGGUAAAACGAAGCUGUAGGAAACGCCUUGAUGGACACAACAGACGCCGAAGGAAGCCUCAGCCAGAAUCUAUAAAUUCUGGGAGCAUGUUCUCAAAUCACCAUGGGACCGGUCUCUCAACAUAUCCACAAAUAUUCCCGACUGCUACAUCAGAGACCAACUGGACUGGAAUUGCUAAAUCUCAGGAAGAUGCACUAUAUGCGCAUCACCCACCGCUGCAUGUCAUGGAUAGGCAGCACCACGUCGGCUCCUUUUCCCUCAGCUUCAGAGAAGGGAGGCAGUUCCCCUUCAUGCAGGACAGUGAUGCUGCCUUCAGCAGUAGAGCAACACUGAAGCCCUCUGUUUGUCAUCCACUCAGAACCAAUUCUUUGGCUGAAAGUUGUGGCGGCAAAUUCUUCUCUGAUGGAUUAACCCAAGUUCUUGACUCUGAUUGUGCUCUCUCUCUUCUGUCAUCACCACCUCAAACUUCAGGCAUCAAUGUGGGCCAAAUUGUUUCAGCUGAUAGGAUACCAAUGGGUCAGCCUUUGGCUUCAACUGUUCAGUACAGUGGCCUUGGACGGUACUCUGGUUCACAGGCUUCAAGCAGCGUUUCACCAGCGGGGUUCUCUUGUUCAGGGAUCGAUGACGAGCAUGUAGGUAAUGUUUUGGUUUCAGAUGCUGCUGAUGCUGAUCUUCACUGCCAUAGUAUAUUUCAUGUUGGAGGAGAAGGACCUUCAACCUCUCAAGCUCUUCCCUUUUCUUGGCAGUAGAAAAACCUAUUGUACUUGGUCAUCCUGUUAUGACUCCUUUCCUACCUCUGUUGCUGAGUUUUUUGGAUUCAGAAUGAUCUUUGUACUAUGCAGUUAGGUGUAUGAAUAACAUUUCUGUUACUAUGUGACAUCUGAUGUAGGAUCUGGAUGAUUUGUGUAUCUUGUGAUAAUUGUCCUUGUGAUGCUUAUUGUCAUGGAAGCUUUUCUUGGAUGCUUCCAUUGGGUUGUUAGAUUUGGUAUCAUAAUAUAAUCCUCUUACCUUUGUUAAGAAACUCUCCCAUGCAUAUACGUGGAUUAUA